CCAGCCUCGCCUUGAGGUUUGCCUCGCCUGGUCUUACCUGGUCCGGAUACAUUAAAAAAACAGGCAACCAAGAAACAUAUCUACGAGAACCCCCUUCGCCAUGGCUUCUACCGACGUUACCAUGGCCGACGCGCCUUCCGGGCGGCCUGAUCGCCGCUCCAACGCUUCCCCUCCUCCCGGUCAGUCACAGUCACAGUCUAAGAGAGACAAGCGUCGCCAAAUGCUUGCCGAACGCAUUGCAACCCUUUCCGACAAAUGGAGCAAGGACAGAGACCAGGCAUUUCGCGAACAACUACAGAAGAUCCAGAUUGACACCAGUCUGGUCAUGCGAGUCGACCCCUAUGUCGACCGACCCUUGGACAGCUUCGAAGAGGACCAGAGACGACUCAACCAGCUCAAUGGCGCCGACUCCGACGGUGGUCCACGAUCCCUCCUUGACAUGGCUGGCCCCAAGUUUGCCAAGUGGAUGGAGAACGUACAGGAUCUUGCAGAGCAACGCGAUUAUGCUCUCACCAAAUUCAAAUUUGACUACGAGAAGAAGAUCGCCGAAUACCUCAACACGCAUGCCUAUAAGACGGAGCUUGCGAACAGAGAACACAAGGCGCUUGCCUCGACCCUCCGCGACCGAUUGAUCAACAUCAUCACUUCGAAAAAAUACCGGCUCAACAAGGAGAAGGAGGCCCUCGAGAUUGCCGAUGCGUCCGCACUCCUGUUACACCCCAACCAAUUCAGCAUCACAAACCCAGCCAGCCCCGGAGGCACACACGGCAAGCGGGCCACCCGUCUGCGGAGAGAAAUGGAGGAGAUGAACGGCAUGGACAGCAAGAAAAGAAAGCGCAACAUGAAUGAUGACGACGGUUCUCCAGCGCCACAGCGCCGCGCACUCGAUCCCAACAGCACUACACCCCUAUGGCAGACAGACCGUCUGGUCCAACGCAAGACCACCGGCCCCAUCUACAGCAUUGACAAGCUGUUCACGGAUAAGGAAUUGUCAAUGACCUACAAUCAGUCGGCUUUGGCGGCGCACAAAUACAUUCUCACCCAUAAGCCACGGUUUGACGACUAUGGGCGCCCAAUCUCGUCCCCCGAGGGUAGUGUUUCUGGUAGCGGCGACCCUGAUGACCUCGACUCGGAGUCGGCUCCGUCGGCGCCGAUGAUGGAGAGGAACGUUUCGCACGCUACUCGCAGCAACAAAAGUGGGGCUAACAAUCCCAACUUUGACGACAAACUCAUGGGCUUGGAGAUGCUCGCUAACUUCGACUUCCCCGGUAACCUUGAGCGUUUGACUAGUAGUCAGGACCCUAAGCAGCCUCCUGCCUUCCCGUCACAAUAUGUCAAGGGCCAUGCAAAGCAGUCUGAGUUUAACACACCGGCAGCACUGGCUAAUGACGACGUGACCGGGGACUUGAUGGUUAUGCAUGCCCUAAAGCAGUACGACCAGCUUAACGGCAUGGGCGCCAAUCUACAGACUGAGCAUGGAAGCAUGAAGCUUCUUCAGUCGGUGUCGCUCCCGGUCAAAGACCGCAGAUUUGUGUCCUUUGUCCAGGGCGAGCGGCCGUCGGAGAACGAACUCAGGCAGCGCCUUGGUCUUCCCCCGAUCAAGGAGCCUGUCGAGCCCGAAAGAUCUGAGCCAACCAAUGGUCUCGGUAUCGGAACCCCGUCAAAGGGCGGCCGCUCGGGUACUCCGUCUCAUCACCAGUCUCCGGCUAAGGCGCUUGGGGGUGUUUCUAUGAGCAGACAGUCUAGCGCCAACGGCGGCGUGGCGAUGAGCCGGACCAGCAGCAGAAAGGGACGCGGCGGCCGCGGUGGCUGAAGAGGACGGCGGCCUAGACAUGAUUAAGAAACGGAUUUUGACGACGAGAGCUAAGAGCAUUGGUCGGUGAUAAGCGG